AUGAUGGACUCAGAUUCGUCCGGUGCGGACUUCUGUAGAUUUUGUAGAUCUGAAGCUUCGUCUGACCGACCUCUGUUUCAUCCUUGCAUAUGCACAGGUUCCAUCAAAUGGAUACACCAGGAGUGUCUCGUACAAUGGAUGCGAUACUCGCGAAAGGAAAUAUGCGAACUAUGUGGACACCGGUUUUCUUUUAUGCCUAUAUACUCACCCGACAUGCCAAGAAGACUACCACUUCGUGAUGUGGUCGGUGGUUUAGUGACGUCGGUCGCAUCAGCUGUGAAAGACUGGCUCCAUUAUACUUUGGUCGCGCUCGCCUGGCUCGGUAUUGUACCUCUCACCGCCUGUCGAACCUACAGAUGCUUGUUCUCGGGAUCCCUAGACCCAGUGAUAUCACUACCAUUUGACAUAGUAUCUGCUGAGAAUCUAGCGAAAGAUGUUUUCUCCGGAUGCUUUGUUGUGACAUGUACUUUAUUUUCUUUUAUUGGAUUGGUGUGGCUAAGAGAACAAAUUAUGCACGGAGGUGGCCCCGAUUGGAUGGAAAGAGAAAAUCACCCAGCUCCUGCAGCAGAGGAUAUUCCUUUACAGGAUAAUAAUAAUGAUCAUGUUAAUGAGGGUGCUGGUGACGAUGGGGGUGCACGUGAGGAACCUAAUGCGGAAGCUGGAGACGACCCAUUAGUGGGAGAUGAAGCUAAUUGGAACCCAAUGGAAUGGGACAGAGCUGCAGCUGAAGAGUUAACCUGGGCCCGAUUACUUGGUCUCGAUGGAUCAAUGGUGUUUUUGGAGCAUGUGUUCUGGGUUGUUUCUUUGAACACAUUGUUCAUUGUUGUCUUUGCAUUUUGCCCUUAUCACAUCGGUAAAUCCGGUGCUGCUGUAGCUGGUUUGAAUGCUGAGGGACCCUUUGCUGGUCUCUUAACAGCUUUAGCUGGAUAUGUGAUAGUGGGGGCUAUACUAGCCAUUCUGCAUGGUUUGGCAUCGUUGCUAAGGCUAAGAAGCGCUAAGAAAGCAUUAGGAUUUUGCUAUGUAGUGGUGAAAGUAGCAUUGUUAUCUGUUAUUGAGAUUGGCGUAAUACCAUUAGUGUGUGGUUGGUGGUUAGAUCUAUGUUCACUAUCCAUGUUUGAUGCCACCCUCAAGGACAGGGAGUUGAGUCUCCACGCUGCGCCUUGGACUUUAAUGUUUAUCCACUGGCUCGUCGGUAUGGUUUAUGUGUACUACUUUGCAUCCUUCAUAUUGUUGCUGAGAGAGGUACUCCGACCAGGAGUACUAUGGUUCUUGAAAAACUUAAAUGAUCCAGAUUUCAGUCCAGUACAGGAAAUGAUACAUCUGCCAGUAUGGUCUCAUAUACGUCGUCUUGUAGUAUCAGCCAUGGUGUUUGGAACGGCUGUAUUGUUUAUGUUGUGGUUGCCAAUAAGAGUGAUCAAAUAUGUGCUUCCUGGAUUUCUACCCUACGCUGUCGCUGUUCACACUGAGGCUCCCGUUAAUGAACUCAGCUUGGAGUUACUGUUACUACAGGUGAUCCUGCCGGCACUGCUGGAGCAAUCUCACACGCGUACGUGGCUGAAGGGCGGACUGAGAGCUUGGUGCGCGUGCGCGGCUGGCGCCCUUGGACUGCGAUCGUACUUGUUGGGAGAGGCGGCGCGAGACGAGCCACACCCACCACCGCACCCUCCCCACCAACUGGGAGCUGCACACCGGGCUCUGAUGUGGCGUGACGGACCUGCCGGUUUCGAGCCGUACGUACGAGUAUCGUGGUUCCCGCUGAGAUUGGCGGCCCUAUUGGCGCUCGUGUCCGUUUCGCUGGUGAUGGCCAGCGCGCUUACACUUGUAAUACCCGUUGCAAUAGGUAGAAAAGUCAUGGCCCUAUGGUUACCAAAGGCAUCCGACGGCGUACACGAACUUUACACAGCUGCUUGUGGCAUGUACGUAUGCUGGGCAGCGGGUCGCGGAGGCGCGCUGGCUGCGGGCUGGGCGCGCGGCGGACGUGCGGCGUUGCUGGAGCGAGCCGCGCUGUGGGCGCGGCGUGCGGCGCGGGCGGCGCUCGCCGCGCUGGCGCUGCUCGGCCUCGUGCCGCUCAUGUUCGGCCUGCUGCUCGAGCUUGUAUUAGUGAUACCACUAAGAGUUCCACUGGAACAGUCGCCAGUAUUGUUCGUAUGGCAAGAUUGGGCAUUAGGAGUUCUAUACACGAAGAUAGUGUGUGCGCUCACCAUGAUGGGCCCAGACUGGAGUAUGAGACGAGCAAUCGAAAAAGCUUACAGAGACGGUAUCAGGGAAAUGGAUUUAAAGUUCAUCUUGCGGUGUGUAGCGGCGCCGCUGGUGCGCUGGCUGGGGCUGGCGCUGGCCGUGCCGUACGCGCUGGCGCACAGCGUGGCGCCGCUGCUGCUGAGCUCGCCGGCGCAGCGCAACCUGCUGGCGCGCCGCGUCUACCCCGCGCUGCUGUUGCUGGUGCUCUUCGCCGCGCUCGCGCUCUUCCAGAUUCGUCAGUUCACGAAACUGUACGAGCAUAUAAAGAACGAUAAAUACCUCGUGGGACAGAGGCUGGUCAACUACGACCACCGGCGACACAAACAGCAACAACAGAGCACCGUCGCUUCGAGCAACUAGACAGAUAGCUAUAAUGACGCGACCGGGCGUGUGACAGAGACAGAUAUAUUCUUCUUCUAUGCACUUGUGAUACUGCAAUGUGAAUUUUAGAAUAAGUUAGGGCUCGUAGUCUAAAAUGUACACGGCUUGAAGACUUUUUUUCGUAUUUUUUUUAAUGAUUAAAUGUGAUAAAGGAAUUCAUAGUUAGUCCUUGUUGAACAGAUAAUAAAACAAUAUCAAAUAUUGUUAAUAGUAUCAUUAUUUCCUGUAAUUUUUAUUAAUAUGAAAGUGAUUUAGAACACGAUUGAUUUUAUUUAGUGCAAUAUAUUUGAAAGUUGAAACAUAAAACUGUUCUUAAUUUUAUAUCGAAAAAAUGGUUUAAAUUGAUAGUCUCGAGAACUAUGUAUUUUUGUAAAAGAUCAUGUCUCUUGCUUAUAUUUUUUUAUUGGUUUGCGAAUAUAAAAAAAAUUAAUUUAAUAUAAAUAAAUAUUUCCUUAUAAUCAGAAUAUUGGAUUAUGAGCGAGAGGAUUAUGAUAAAAAACAUAAUUUUUUUAAUAUUUUUAAAUUGUAUAAUAUUAAUGUGGUAUCGAACUAUCUUAUACUUACCGUCACGAAGUUUUGUUUAUAGGAAAUUGGUUUAAAUCAUGCUUUUCGCAUAAAUGUAAUGAUAUUGUAUAUAUAAUGUAUUAAUUUUAAAAUAAUGAAAAUAUUAUUUACAAAAUAAAACAUUUAAUAGAAUAUCUGCUAUUUAUAUUGGAAUUAUUAUAUAUUAUGUAGCACUUACCCGGUUAGUGGGAAUAGUAUGUAACUUGUAUAGUCGGACACUCUUCUAGGCAGUUUUAGCAAAAUAUUUUUUUUACAUAAGUAUGUUUUCAGAUAAGAAAAAAACUGGAGUAGUAAAGACAUGAACCUUCUAUUAAGUAUUAAGUAUUACUUGAGGAGUCUAGCUUUCUAAAUAUUCACAACAGUUUUAGUCUGAAAUAGUACGAUGGAAGAACGUACAUACGUAAGUACACGUAAGUAAGACGUUCAGUGUAUUUUCAUACCGAUUGGUUAAUGUAGAACGAAGUUUGUUUUUACCUAUGUAAUCUUGCAAAAAAUAUUUUUAGUACAAAACUUAGUCGCAAAGAUAUCUUGAAUUUUGUUAAUUUCAUUUCCAGAGUCGCAAAUGGUCUAUAUUUUCUAUAAAUCCCAUAAAUCCGUCCUACAGACAUCAAUUUAAUAAAACCAGGAAAUACUAUGUGAAUAAUCCUAUGUAAUUAUAAAAAAAUUAAAUUGAAUCUUAAAUUUGUCUUAUCGAUAGUUUAAAAUACUUUUUCGGUGAAAAUAUUUCAUCUCAGCUAAAGCAAAUCUAAUGUGAAAGGAGUGAAGCGUACACUUGAUAAAUAAUACUUAAUAAAUCUAUAAAUUAGUUUGAAGUUUAAAUAGUUCACAUCACUUUUUUUCUUUUUGUUCUUAAAAAUAAAACGCUUUAUCAGUUUAGUGUUAAACAAAACCAGUGCUUGCAGAAGUAACUAUGUAGUCUUACUGAAUUCCGUAGUUGAAUAAGUAGUUUUAUUCAUUAUUUAUUUAUAUACUGCUCAAUAAUCUACAUGUUCUGUUUCUCUUUAAUAUUAAGUAUUCUUAUAAUCUUAAACUUUUGCCAAAAUCUAUUGAAGUUUUAAUUAAUUCAUCUUCCAGAUUUAGAGGCAACUAGAUUUUAAAUAAUUUAAAUUAAAUAAUAACUAUUAAUAAAAGAUUUUGUUGUCGUUUGAAGAUAGUCUUGGAAAGGUAAUGCAUUAUUUUAUUCUAAUGUACCAUUUUUAUUAUAUUAGGAAAAGUAAAUAAGUCAAUUUUUUUUUUGCGAAGAAUCGGUUAUACGGAUAGAUAUAUUGUGGAUGGAGUAAGUAAAUUUGUAAACCAAUAAAAGGUUUAUCGCA